CCCCCUCCCCCGCCGCGGAUCCUGGCCGCCGCUCUCCAGACCAAGGAUGCCGGGGGGCAAGAGAGGGUUGGUGGCACCGCAGAACACAUUUUUGGAGAACAUCGUCAGGCGCUCCAGUGAAUCAAGUUUCUUACUGGGAAAUGCCCAGAUUGUGGAUUGGCCUGUAGUUUAUAGUAAUGACGGUUUUUGUAAACUCUCUGGCUAUCAUCGAGCUGACGUCAUGCAGAAAAGCAGCACUUGCAGUUUUAUGUAUGGGGAAUUGACUGACAAGAAGACCAUUGAGAAAGUCAGGCAGACUUUUGACAAUUAUGAGUCAAACUGCUUUGAAGUUCUUCUGUACAAGAAAAACAGAACCCCUGUUUGGUUUUAUAUGCAAAUUGCACCAAUAAGAAAUGAACAUGAAAAGGUGGUCUUGUUCCUGUGCACUUUCAAGGAUAUUACAUUGUUUAAACAACCAAUAGAGGAUGAUUCAACAAAAGGUUGGACAAAAUUUGCCCGAUUGACACGAGCUUUGACAAAUAGCCGAAGUGUUUUGCAGCAGCUCACACCAAUGAAUAAAACAGAAGUGGUCCACAAACAUUCAAGACUAGCUGAAGUUCUUCAGCUGGGAUCAGAUAUCCUUCCUCAGUAUAAGCAAGAAGCGCCAAAGACGCCACCACACAUUAUUUUACAUUAUUGUGCUUUUAAAACGACUUGGGAUUGGGUGAUUUUAAUUCUUACCUUCUACACCGCCAUUAUGGUUCCUUAUAACGUUUCCUUCAAAACGAAACAGAACAACAUAGCCUGGCUGGUGCUGGACAGUGUGGUGGAUGUUAUUUUUCUGGUUGACAUUGUUUUAAAUUUUCACACAACCUUUGUGGGGCCCGGUGGUGAGGUCAUUUCUGACCCCAAACUCAUAAGGAUGAACUAUCUGAAGACUUGGUUUGUGAUUGAUCUGCUGUCUUGUUUACCUUAUGACAUCAUCAAUGCCUUUGAAAAUGUGGAUGAGGGAAUCAGCAGUCUCUUUAGUUCUUUGAAAGUGGUGCGUCUCUUACGACUGGGCCGUGUUGCUAGGAAACUGGACCAUUACUUGGAGUACGGAGCAGCAGUCCUUGUGCUCCUGGUAUGUGUGUUUGGACUGGUUGCCCACUGGCUGGCCUGCAUAUGGUAUAGCAUCGGAGACUACGAGGUCAUUGACGAAGUCACAAACACUAUCCAAAUAGACAGUUGGCUCUACCAGCUGGCCUUGAGCAUCGGGACUCCGUAUCGAUACAAUACCAGUGCAGGGAUAUGGGAAGGAGGACCCAGCAAGGACUCACUCUACGUGUCCUCUCUCUACUUUACCAUGACAAGCCUUACAACCAUAGGAUUUGGAAACAUAGCUCCUACCACUGAUGUGGAGAAGAUGUUUUCGGUGGCCAUGAUGAUGGUUGGCUCCCUUCUUUAUGCCACUAUUUUUGGAAAUGUUACCACAAUUUUCCAGCAGAUGUAUGCCAACACCAACCGAUACCAUGAGAUGCUGAAUAAUGUACGAGACUUUCUGAAACUCUAUCAGGUCCCAAAAGGCCUUAGCGAGCGAGUCAUGGAUUAUAUCGUCUCGACAUGGUCCAUGUCAAAAGGCAUUGACACAGAGAAGGUCCUCUCCAUCUGUCCCAAGGACAUGAGAGCUGAUAUCUGUGUUCAUCUAAACCGGAAGGUUUUUAAUGAACAUCCUGCUUUUCGAUUGGCCAGCGAUGGGUGUCUGCGCGCCUUGGCGGUAGAGUUCCAAACCAUUCACUGUGCUCCCGGGGACCUCAUUUACCAUGCCGGAGAAAGUGUGGAUGCCCUCUGCUUUGUGGUGUCGGGAUCCUUGGAAGUCAUCCAGGAUGAUGAGGUGGUGGCUAUUUUAGGGAAAGGUGAUGUAUUUGGAGACAUCUUCUGGAAGGAAACCACGCUUGCUCAUGCUUGUGCCAAUGUCCGGGCAUUGACAUACUGUGAUCUGCACAUCAUCAAGCGGGAAGCCUUGCUCAAAGUCUUGGACUUUUAUACAGCUUUUGCAAACUCAUUCUCGAGGAAUCUGACUCUUACUUGCAAUCUAAGGAAACGGAUCAUUUUCCGUAAGAUCAGUGAUGUGAAGAAGGAGGAGGAGGAGCGGCUCAGGCAGAAGAAUGAAGUAACACUCAGCAUCCCUGUGGACCACCCAGUCAGAAAGCUCUUCCAGAAGUUCAAGCAGCAAAAGGAGCUACGGAAUCAGGGAUCAACGCAGAGUGACCCCGAGAGGAACCAACUGCAGGUAGAAAGCCGCUCCUUACAGAAUGGAGCCUCUAUCACUGGCACCAGUGUGGUGACUGUGUCGCAGAUCACACCCAUCCAGACAUCUCUGGCUUAUGUGAAAACCAGUGAAUCGCUCAAGCAAAACAACCGUGAUGCCAUGGAACUCAAGCCCAAUGGUGGUGCUGACCAAAAAUGUCUCAAAGUCAGCAGCCCAAUAAGAAUGAAAAAUGGAAAUGGAAAGGGGUGGCUGAGACUCAAGAAUAAUAUGGGAACCCAUGAGGAGAAAAAAGAAGACUGGAAUAAUGUCACCAAAGCUGAGUCCAUGGGGCUAUUGUCAGAGGACCCCAAGGGUAGCGAUUCAGAAAACAGUGUGACCAAAAACCCAUUAAGGAAAACAGAUUCUUGUGACAGUGGAAUUACAAAAAGUGACCUUCGUUUGGAUAAUGCUGGUGAGGCACGAAGUCCAUUAGAGCACAGUCCCAUUCAGGCUGAUGCCAAGCACCCGUUUUAUCCCAUCCCCGAACAGGCCUUACAAACCACACUGCAGGAAGUCAAACAUGAACUCAAAGAGGACAUUCAGCUGCUAAGCUGCAGAAUGACUGCCCUGGAAAAGCAGGUGGCAGAAAUUUUAAAAAUACUCUCAGAAAAAAGUGUGCCCCAGACCUCUUCUCCCAAAUCUCAAAUGCCACUCCAAGUACCUCCCCAAAUACCAUGUCAGGAUAUUUUUAGUGUUUCAAGGCCUGAGUCACCUGAGUCUGACAAAGAUGAAAUCCACUUUUAAUAUAUACAUAUAUAUUUGUUAAUAUAUUAAAACAGUAUAUACAUCUAUAUACAUGUGUGUAUAUACAGUAUAUACAUAUAUAUAUUUUCACUUGCUUUCAAUAUGACGAACACAAUAUGGAUUUUGAUAUGUAAAUAUUGCAUGUCCAGCUGGAUUCUGGCCUGCCAAAGAAGAUAAUUAUUAAAAUUAUAGAUACUGCUUGUAUAUUAUGCAGUUGACUGCAUGCACACUUGACAUUUAUUUAUAAUCUCUAUUCUAUAAUUAAAAAGGGUGAUUUUUGUUAUCCAAGGCAAUGUACUAUUUGAAGAAUCAGGGUCCAACCUGCCAAUGUUGCCAUGACAAAUUUGAUCUCAGGCUGAGUAUAUCAAACUGUCAUUUUCUCGCUGUUCUGUUAAGUUUAAAUUAUUGAUUAAUGCCAAGGAAGAGUUCAGCAUUUUAAACUGUUAGUACCAUUUUAGGAUCUCUUUCCAUAGGAUAUUUUUCUGAAACUUUAGUGUUAGAUUAUUUUCCCCUACAGAUGGUGUUUGCUCCAUUUAAAUGAUCUGUUUUGUUGCCUAAGCCAGAUAGCAGUGUGGGAUACUGAGAAUUUAUUGCUAUGGGUUUUGUGCAUGAGCUGCAUUUUCUCACAACUAUACCUCUCCUUUUUUAACAUUAUACCUAGAUAGUAGUCAUUAACUCUUACGUAAGGAAAUCCCUACUCCCUCCACCUUGGAGAACAGCUGCCAUCUUGUAAGCUGACUUUUUCAAUACCAUGAACACUAAACUAUUAAUAUAGUGUAUAUUAUUAUAGAAACAGGGUAUUAGGGCCUUUUAAUAAUUCAUGUUAGAGAUGCUGAUUUUCCAACAGUGAUGACUGUUCUAAAUUUGUGUUUCCAAAACUUGUUCAAGGGUGAAGUUGAAAGGCUCUUAGCAAAGAAACAAACAAAAAA